GCAAACACAUUAUUUUUGAUACAAAAAAAUACGUCAAAUUCUGGUCAAAACAUACAUUUCCACUUGUUUUGAACAAAAUGUGUUAAUUUUAAUUGAAUGUUAAGUUUAAAUGUUGAUUUUCUUCAAAGUUUAUUGAAAUAUGUUGCCAAACUAGUGUUCGAGACUUUAGUUUUGUGUAAUUUCACGAAGAGGGUAUUGUUAAGAGUUCGUGGAAGUCCAGCUGGUGGCAACAAUGGAGGAUGAUCCCGCGCCCUCAUCACAUUCAGAAAUGGCCCACGAGGGCGGCGGGUCGGAGGGCUCCCCGCAGCACACGCCGUCGCCCCCGCACCCCGCGCGCCUGCCCCUGGCCGACUCCAGCUUCCACCACCAGAUCAUGCAGAGUCAGAGCCCGAGAAAGAACCAUAUCGCAGAGAGAGCGAAACAAACCUUAGAGAAUAAUUUCCUGCUGCAACUGAAGAAGCAGCAGCAGCUCCAGCAGGAGAUCCUGCUGCAGCACUUCCAGCAGCAGAGCCAGAAGCUGGCUCAGGAGCACGAGCAGCAGCUUAGGCAUCACUUAAAGGUGUUGAGUAUGUUUGGGGCGCAGCUUCACCCCGAUGAUCUGAAGUGCAAGGUAACCCUCCAGAUGUGGGAACAGCAGAAGGCGCUGGAGGAGGCGGCGCUGCGGGAGGCGAGGGAGGCGCGCGAGGCGCUGGAGGCGCGCGAAAGGCACGAGCGCGACCGCGCCGAGCUGCUGCGCAAGAAGGACAAGCUAGAGCCCAGCGCCAACGCCUCCUCGCAGGUCAAGCAGAAGCUGCAGGAGUUCCUCAAGAAAAAACAGGCGGCCGCUAACGCUAACGGCACGGUCCCCGGGGGGUCGCCUUACAGGAAUUGGGGCAUAGUGAAGUCGUCGUCGGGCGAGUCGAUCACGUCGACGGGCGCAACGGCGACGGCGCACCCGUACCGGCUGGCGGCGCCGUUACCGCUGGCGCUGAACGCCGCGCCGCCGCAGCCCUCGCCCAGCGACUACCCGCUGAGGAAGACCGCGUCGGAGCCGAACAUGCUGAAGGUGCGGCUGAAGGCCCGCGUCAUCGAGCGCCGCGCCUCGCCGCUCGCGCGCCGCCCGCUCAAGCCGCGCGUCAAGCACCGCAACUGCGACGGCACGGGAUCUCCGCGCGGGUCGCCGCCGGGCGUAGCGCCGCCCAUCCGCGAGGAGGACGAGUGCGGGCGCGCGGCCGAGCUGCUGUUCUCGUCGCCGUCCAUGCCCAACAUCUCGCUGGGCCGCCCGCACCUGCCGCACGCGCACCUGCCGCACCCGCCGCACCCGCCGCAUCCGCCGCACGCCGCGCAUCCCACGCCAGCGCAGGUGUCAGUAUCCCUCCCGCCCGUGUCAGAGGCGGAGGCGUUUUGCCCAACGGUGGGCGUGGGCGUGGGCGGCGUAGGCGUCGGCGUAGGCGCGCGGCUCAUCAAACGGCCCCUCGGCCGCACACACUCGGCGCCGCUGCCGCUGGGCGACCCGGCGCUGCAGCCGCCCGUAGCACACCAUUACCUCAGGGACCAGAUACGAAAAACGAGUGUUGGCAUUAUAUCACNGCUCGUCGGCGCGCGCGCGCCCGCCACCGGGCUCGCCUACGACCCGCUCAUGCUCAAGCACGGGUGCGGCUGCGGCGCGCACGCCCCGACGCACCCGGAGCACGGUGGGCGGUUACAAUCAGUGUGGGCGCGCCUGUGUGAGACCGGGCUCAGCGCGCGCACGGAACGCACGCGCCCGCGCAAAGCCACGCUUGAGGAACUACAGCGGCGCGCGCUGUCCUCGCCGCUCGUCGGCGCGCGCGCGCCCGCCACCGGGCUCGCCUACGACCCGCUCAUGCUCAAGCACGGGUGCGGCUGCGGCGCGCACGCCCCGACGCACCCGGAGCACGGCGGGCGGUUGCAGUCAGUGUGGGCGCGCUUAUGUGAGACCGGGCUCAGCGCGCGCACGGAACGCACGCGCCCGCGCAAAGCCACGCUUGAGGAACUACAGUCGGUGCACACAGAAGCGCACGUGCUAACAUUCGCGGGGCGCGGGCGCGGCGAGGGCGGCGUGCGGCAGCUGGUGCGGCUGGCGUGCGGCGGCGUGGGCGUGGACGCCGACACCGCCUGGUCGGAGGCGCACACGCCGCCCGCAGCACGCAUGGCCGCCGGCGCCGUGCUCGACCUCGCGCUGCGCACCGCGCGCGGGGACCUGCGCAACGGGUUUGCGGUGGUGCGGCCGCCGGGACACCACGCGGAGCCAAACCAGGCGAUGGGCUUCUGCUUCUUCAACUCCGUGGGCGUGGCCGCGCGCCUGCUGCACACGCGCCUGCGCCUGCAGCGCGUGCUCGUCGUCGACUGGGACGUGCACCACGGCAACGGCACGCAGCAGAUGUUCUACGAGGACCCGCACGUGCUGUACAUCAGCCUGCACCGGCACGACGACGGCAACUUCUUCCCGGGCACGGGCGCGGCGGCCGAGUGCGGCGCGGGCGCGGGGCUCGGGCUCACCGUCAACGUGGCCUGGCCCGCCGCGCCGCCGCACGGCGACGCCGAGUAUCUCGCCGCCUUCCGCUCCGUCGUCAUGCCCAUCGCCAAGGAGUACGACCCUGAGAUGGUGCUUGUAUCGUGCGGCUUCGACGCGGCGGCCGGGCACCCCGCGCCGCUGGGCGGCUACAGCGUGUCGCCCGCCUGCUUCGCGCACAUGACCGCUGAUCUCAUGACCCUCGCGGGCGGCAANUGUUACUUCAAAGGGGUCAUCCAAUCGGUGCACACAGAAGCGCACGUGCUAACAUUCGCGGGGCGCGGGCGCGGCGAGGGCGGCGUGCGGCAGCUGGUGCGGCUGGCGUGCGGCGGCGUGGGCGUGGACGCCGACACCGCCUGGUCGGAGGCGCACACGCCGCCCGCAGCACGCAUGGCCGCCGGCGCCGUGCUCGACCUCGCGCUGCGCACCGCGCGCGGGGACCUGCGCAACGGGUUUGCGGUAGUGCGGCCGCCGGGACACCACGCGGAGCCGAACCAGGCGAUGGGCUUCUGCUUCUUCAACUCCGUGGGCGUGGCCGCGCGCCUGCUGCACACGCGCCUGCGCCUGCAGCGCGUGCUCGUCGUCGACUGGGACGUGCACCACGGCAACGGCACGCAGCAGAUGUUCUACGAGGACCCGCACGUGCUAUACAUCAGCCUGCACCGGCACGACGACGGCAACUUCUUCCCGGGCACGGGCGCGGCGGCGGAAUGCGGCGCGGGCGCGGGGCUCGGGCUCACCGUCAACGUGGCCUGGCCCGCCGCGCCGCCGCACGGCGACGCCGAGUACCUCGCCGCCUUCCGCUCCGUCGUCAUGCCCAUCGCCAAGGAGUACGACCCUGAGAUGGUGCUGGUAUCGUGCGGCUUCGACGCGGCGGCCGGGCACCCCGCGCCGCUGGGCGGCUACAGCGUGUCGCCCGCCUGCUUCGCGCACAUGACCGCUGAUCUCAUGACCCUCGCGGGCGGCAAGGUGGUGCUGUCGCUAGAGGGCGGCUACGACCUGCCGGCGGUGUGCGACUGCGCCGAGGCGUGCGUGCGGGCGCUGCUGGGCGAGCGCCUGCCGCCGCCGCCGCUGGCCGAGCUGGCGCGCGCGCCGCACCCGGCCGCCCAGCGCGCGCUCAAGGCCACGCACGCUGUGCACGAGCACCACUGGCCCACGCUGAAGCGCUACAGCUCGCUGAUCGGCAUCAGCGCGCUGGAGGCGUCGCCGGCGCUGGUGCCGGGCUCUGCGGAGCGCGACGCCGCCGACACGGCCGCGGCCAUGGCCACGCUGUCCAUGACGUCCAUGGCGCAGCCGCGCGCCGAGCCCAUGGACCAGGACGACAAGUGAUUCCAGCCACAUUCCACCGCCGCGCCGGCCGCGCCCGCGAGGCGGACCCUGCGUGGUAAAAUUAAGACAAAUCUUAAUUUGAGAGCUUUAAAAUGUAGUAAAAUAUUUUAUGUGUACAAAUAUGUUGUUGUUGUGCGUCCGAGCGAGCGCCCGGCCCGCUCCGAACCAAAGAUUGCCCCCGGGGCGGCCCCGGCCUCGGACCGCGGACCCGCCGCGUCGCUGUCCGUUGAACUUUUCUUGUGGUACUUUCGAGAUGUACGCUCACUGUUGAACAGGUGCUCUCUUUCGGUCGCACAAACGUCCGGAAACCGUUUCCGGAUCGGAUGAUUUCUGUUGAAUGUUUCGUGCGCGAGCAUUUUGUGAACGACGUGCCAACCGUUCGCCGGUGGCGGCGUCGUCUUAUGAUAUUAGCGGAUGUCUCGUGAUGUAUGUUGUUGUCGACUGAGUCGUCGAAGUGCAAUAGGCGGGGCGCCCCGCCGCGGGGCCCUCGCCGAUAUAUUUUUGUAAGAUGGCUGUCUGUGUGCGUGCGGGGCGACCCUUGUA